AUGCUUCGAGCGUGCACAAGGCAGGAGGUGGACCCCGUACGAGCACGGAAGCGGCUCAACAGAGAAGUAUACGUCUGGAACGGUCUUUGCCACCCCAACAUUGCGCGGUUCUACGGAAUCUCUUUCCGCCUUGGCGGGCGCCCCGCCCUCGUCAUGCAAUGGUACCAAAAUGGUACCGUCCCAAACUACAUUUACAAUCAACUUCGAACAAAUGGGGCAAAGGUUCGAGAUAUCGCGCAAGGUCUUGGAUAUCUACACUCCUUGAUUCCCCCAGUGGUUCAUGGGGAUUUAAAAGGGAACAACACACUCGUCAACGACGACGGGCAUGCAAUGCUGACCGACUUUGGGCUCGCAAAGGUCAUUGAAGAGUUAGCAGGCCCAACGGGGAACACGACAUCAACGUGUGCGGGCUCUGUGCGCUGGCAAGCCCCGGAGUUGAUAACCGACACAAGACCUGACAUAAGCGAUGAUGCUUCCAAACCGUCCUCACCAACUCGCGGUUCCGACGUCUGGUCGUUCGGGUGUACAGCGUAUGAGAUCAUGACGGGCAAAAUCCCAUACCACAGCCACUGCCAACUUUGGACCAUCAUUAAGGCGAUCGUGGAGAAGCAGUGUUUCAUCUAUCAGGAAGACCGGGGGGUGCUUGAGGUUAAUGGGUUGAUGUUGCUUUUGGAAGAUUGUUGGCAGUAUGAUGUGGAGAAACGGCCGGAGAUCGGGGAGGUUCUUCGAAGGCUGUGA